CCAGAUUUUUGAUUUGCAGAUGAGCAACUGCAUACUCUAAAAAAUGUAUACGCAUCACCGUAUUGCACCAACUUCUGAGUUUUCUCAAACGAAGCUGCAAUAAUCCCACGCCUAAAACGUCUCAGAUUUUUUAAUGAGUUUUCGAACCACUAGAGGCCAUCACUGCUUACACAUUCUCCGAGUACAUAGAAACAAAUUCUGAUACUAAGUAUUAGUCCAAUUCAUUAGCGCAUUUGGCCAGCCAUGAAACGAAAGAGCUCGCAACAAAAGGCAUACCGUGAAAAAAAGAUUGCAGCACCACAAUUUCGCAUAUGGUCUCCCACUACACUACUCAGUGUGGCCCUAUGCAGCUUAACUAACGUUGAUCGGACGGGAAACAGUGCUUCCUGCAUGGUAUGGCCGCAACCGAAAUUAUACUUUGAAGCAAGUAGACAAAGCUCAAACGCGACAUUAUGUUGCUUUUCUCAAUUGCUCAGAUCCAGGAAAUUGCAUCACCUUAUUUUUGACAAUUUGCAAUGUACUUGCACUUUGUUGUAA